ACAGACAGAUAGAUGCAAUGCACUGAUGAAGACAAAUGCGCCAUCACAUGGUAUUAAUGACGGGCAAUAGGGACAGAAAUGGAGUCAACCCGCAAUAACUAAACCAGUGACGGAACCCGCAUUGCAUCACAGAAUCAAUUCCUGGUCAGUGCACGCGCCUCAUGAUCUGCCGGCUUAAUUACUCCUUUACCUAUCAUGCGAACCGAACCGUUUAGGUGAUGCAUUACCACCGACAAGUAUGUUUUAAGGGAAGCGAUUGGCCAGUUUUUUUGGGGGAAGUUUAGCCUCCAGUCUGACGCGAAUUCAAAGACGAGCGAGAGGCAUCAGCAACAGGGCACUGCCAAUUCACCGGCGAGGACAAUUACACAGAAAGUAUCUCGAUCGUAUAGACGAUCAAUUGGGACCGAACAGCACUGACGACAUUACUCGAUUUUGAUUGCGUUGCUCUAAUUGUGUGGGGAUUUCUUACAUUUUUGCGUCAUUAAAUGGAGCGGCGUAGGUGACGUUUGGACUGUUGCGUUCAAGAGGAGCUCUUACCAAGACUAAAAGCCGGCGCGGAAAAAUAUGUAUGGACGCUAUACACAGGAGUUGGGGGCCUAUGCCAAAGAAGAGGCAGCUCGUCUGCGUGAAGAUGGAGCACUGCGGAGGACCACCAGUGUGCGUGGCCAGGCUCCAGAACUGAUGGAGUAUGAGAAGGACUCGUGUGCCAAGUGUCAAGUCUGCACUUCACGGUGUCGGAAGUUCCUGAUUUCCCGUGUGGGUGAAGACUGGAUCUUUCUCAUCCUCCUGGGGCUCCUCAUGGCAUUGGUCAGCUGGGCUAUGGACUACACUAUUGCCUUCUGCCAGCAAGCACAGAAGUGGAUGUAUGGUGGUCUGCACAGUAACAUGUUGAUGCAGUACCUGGCCUGGGUCACUUACCCAGUAGUACUCAUCACAUUCUCUGCCGGCUUCACACAGAUACUGGCGCCACAGGCAGUGGGCUCUGGGAUCCCAGAGAUGAAGACCAUCCUCCGAGGUGUGGUGCUAAAAGAGUACCUCACUUUCAAAACCUUCGUCGCCAAAGUGAUUGGCUUAACUUGCGCCCUUGGAAGUGGCAUGCCUCUAGGCAAAGAGGGACCAUUUGUUCAUGUUGCCAGUCUGUGCGCUGCUCUGUUGAGCAAAUUCAUGGCCUUGUUUGGAGGAAUCUACAUGGAAGAGCCCUUUGAGGGAAACAAGAAUGAGCUGAGAAACACAGAGAUGCUGUCAGCCGCCUGUGCAGUGGGGGUGGGCUGUUGCUUUGCGGCCCCUAUUGGAGGAGUGCUGUUUAGUAUUGAGGUCACAUCUACGUUCUUUGCUGUGAGGAACUACUGGAGAGGAUUCUUCGCUGCAACCUUCAGUGCCUUUAUCUUCAGGGUGCUGGCAGUGUGGAAUCAGGAUGAGGAGACAAUCACGGCUCUCUUCAAAACGCGCUUUCGUCUGGACUUUCCCUUUGACCUACAAGAGCUUCCAGCUUUUGCUGUGCUCGGGAUUGCCAGUGGUUUUGGUGGGGCGUUGUAUGUCUACCUGAACAGGAUCAUAGUGGAGUCUAUGAGAAAACAGAAAACCAUCAACAAGUUUUUGCUAAAAAAAAGACUAGUGUAUCCGGCAGUGGUCACUCUUCUUGUCUCUACACUCACCUUUCCUCCAGGGUUUGGACAGUUCAUGGCAGGCCAGCUGACUCAACAUGAGUCACUAGUGGCACUCUUUGACAACCAGACCUGGUACAAGCAAGGUGUUGCUGAGGAGUUUGCAUACUCAAGUCAAGUACCUCAGGCCUGGAAGCAUCCACAAGUCAGUGUGUUCAUCACACUCCUCCUCUUCAUUGUCAUGAAGUUCUGGAUGUCAGCUGUGGCCACAACAAUGCCUGUGCCUUGUGGGGCCUUCAUGCCGGUUUUCCUCAUUGGGGCUGCGUUCGGUCGACUGGUCGGCGAGAGCAUGGCCGCCGUCUUCCCUGAAGGAAUACACGCUGACAACACUGUAUAUCCCAUAGUUCCCGGCGCAUAUGCAGUUGUAGGGGCGGCGGCUCUUUCUGGCGCAGUCACUCACACCGUGUCCACCGCCGUCAGUCUCACAGUUGGAAAUGUAAUCCCACAAUUCCACCUCAUAUCCUGUGACAGACACAUUCUUUACCUUCUCCAUCUCCUUUCCCACCCUCCCACAAUUUCCCUUUGCUAUCCCCCAUUCCUCCAGCUAUCCCGCUGUGUCUCUCUCACUUCUCUCUUUCUCUCUCUUUCUUUCUCUUUCUGGUCUCUCUGCUGUCUCCCUUGCCUGUGUCCCCACCUGGCUCCAGAGUCCAUGAUCCUGCUGGGCUCUACAGAGCGCUCCCAGCUUCAGUCCCUGCUCUCGCAGCAGCUCAGCCGAGCUCGCAGGCUGGAGUACUUGAGAGAACGUGCUCAGGACAAUGGCACCCAUGUGCCCACCUUCCCCCAAGACUCUCCCUCCAGGACUGGUCAUGGCGUACGUUUCCUGAUCUCCACUGAAGAGUCCUCCUACAGCCCCACACUGACUAACUCCCAGAUCCCCCUCAAGUCUGCUCUGAAGACAGUGUCUGCAAUCAGCAACACAGAGUCAUUAAACAGCUCUCCUAACCUAUCUUCUGGGGAACCUGUGAAGGAGCUAGUAGAGAGCAAUGCUGGCCCCAAGGCUCCUAAGAGGAGCAGGAGGCCCAAGCGUGUGAAGAUACCCAUGGCGGAUACACCUGAUGUUGAAGAUGACAUGUCAACAGCAGAGAUGGCAGAGUGGGAGGAGCAACAGUUGGAUGAGGCUGUUAAUUUCAACAACUGUAAAAUAGACCCUGCACCCUUUCAACUGGUGGAACGGACAUCUUUGCAUAAGACACACACCAUUUUCUCACUACUUGGUCUGGAUCAUGCCUAUGUCACCAGCACCGGACGUCUAGUAGGAGUGGUCUCUCUAAAGGAGUUGCGUAAGGCCAUCGAGGGCUCUGUAACUGUGACCGGAGUGAAAGUCCGUCCCCCGCUGGCCAGCUUCCGUGACAGCGGCAACAACAGCAGCGUCUCAGAGGUCACUGAGCUCCACAAGCUCUGGAGUCAUAACAGGAGCCUGUUGUUGCCACGGGAACCUAACCUCCCCGACCUGGAUGACCAAACGGAGCAGCCGUCCGAGGGCAGCUUCGUGAACGAGACCGAGUGCACAGAGCUGUCCAGUCAGAACAGCCCAUUACACACAGACGACCAAUCAGAGCUGGCCUACGCCGAGGCCACUCCCCAAGAGGAGCACCUAACGCAGCUCCCCUGUGACUGUACCCACCCUCUGGAGGACGGAGGCUCAGAGGUCGUCGGCGAGCAUUGCCCAGCUCCGAUCAAGGAAGCGGUGAGCGAGGGAAUCCCCUCGCCACCAGAGGGUCAGCAGGAAUGACAGCUGCUUGCGGUCGGUAACACACACUCCAUUUACACCAUAAGCGGGAUUGUGAAGUCAGGUUGAGGAGAAACUGGAGGAAGUCUUUAAGCAGUGAAGCACACUCUCUGCUCCGCACUAAUCAAAUCAUCCCUAAUCGCUGGUCCUGCCUUUACAUGAAACACGCCGUGUGUGUUUGUAUGUGUGGGAUGUCAUAGAUACGCACUGCAGUAUGAGUGCCGCGUGGCUUGACGUGUUUGACGAUGGCUCAUGAGCGAUCGUCUGUUUGUACUUGUGUAUUUGUCAUAAAUUUCGGUGUCUGUUGAUUUGUGGCUUCAUAGCGCAUUUCUGUGUUGAUUUAUGUUGAUGAAAUUCAUUUUAAGAAGUUUAUUUUCGAUGAUGUCACGGCGGGUUUUCAUCAUAAACGUGUUUGUUCGUUGAUUUGUGGCUUCAUGGCGCGCGUGUGUGUGUUUCUUCGUCCUCGUGCAAGCGAUAGAGUGUGCAUAAGAAAAGCUGAGUGUGUGUGCGAGAGUGACUCCUAGCCAACGCACCCAUCUGGUGCCGACACUUUAAAUCCAAAUAAAAUGGUCUCUGAGAGCCAAACUACAAUUUUGCUCUAAAUAUAGCCCUUAAUAGCCCACACUGCAAGGAAACAUGGAGAGAAAGAGCGGGGGGAAAGAAGGGGAACGGGUGGGCAAAAGAGGACACAGAAGACAUGGAGAGAACAAAAACAUGAUGCAAAAUGAGCGAAAAACAGGAAGGAUACAUGAACAUGAGUCAUGGAAAGGCAGGAGAAUGAAUGGGAGAGUGGGGUAAACUGUGCCGCUUUUUACUUAGGUCGUCAACUAGAUAAGAAGAAAUAAGCAAUCAGGGAAAUGAAUAUGCCUGAUUAUAUUUCAGAAUACAUAGGGGCACAGAAAUAUGACUUUUUAAGAAAAAUGGUCGAGUGACACGACUUACCCCACAUUAGGGGAAAUAUGUGUUAUGAAUGUUGAGCCAUUAGGGAAUAUUUUAACUAUUUAUUUCAGGUAAAAUAUGAACAUUUAAUGAACAUGAAUCUUAUUUCAAAGUCUUAUUUUGAUGCACAAUAUUCACAUUUUCAUAAGCCAACUAGAAAAAUCCAGUGCAUUUGCAUUUUAUGAUAUGAUAUGAUACGAGUAUUUGUUUUUUUCCUGCAUUUGGAGGCAAAACUCAUCCUCACUAUGUGCCACUGUCACAUUUUACCCUGAAGCACCUGACACACUUUACCCAAAAGCAAAAAUUUUGGGGAAAACAAAAUAUUCAUUUCUAAUUCAUUGCUAAAUGUAUUUAUUUAUUCAUGAUGUGAUGUGAUUUGAUUUGAUAAUACAUAGCAUCUUUGGCAUGGAUACAUUUGUUUUGACAUCAAACUCAUUUUACCUGCCAUGCAGAAAAUUUACAUUGACAUGCAUUUUUUUUAACACAAAAAAAAUUGCUUAUGUGAAUCACAGGCAGCUGAAUACAAUGGCCAUUUUUUUAAAACAUGGUCAUUUGACAAAAAUCAUCCAGUUUGCUAGAUUACAGGGGUGGCACAUCUUACCCCACUCUCCCCUCCAAAACCAACAGUGACUCAUAAAGAGGAGUUUCCAACCAGGGUAGUUUUGAAGCACAUUGUAAUUAUCAUUCAAACAAAACACAGCAAUACACAAGCGUUUUCCAUACUGACAGCAUGGGGGGAAAAAUUAAAUGUGAAAAAUGCUUUAACAAAUCGUCGUUGAGCACACCAUUUGGAUGGUGUUGCCUGUAAUUACGAGUAAUGAUAUCCCACAUUAUGUAGGCACGUUAAGCAUGCGCAGAUCUGUAUCAGGACCAGUGGGUAGCAUAGCUGCCUGGCCAUUUAAAAUAUAUUAAAGCAUCUUCCUUAGAAGCUCAAAAUACUCUGAGACUCCACGUGGAGAAACGGAGCCUCUUAAAUUCUUAAUUAUAUGCAUGAACCCCGAUGCAAUCAUUUGCAUGCUCACACACUCGCAUAAACAAUACGCAUCAUAUUGCUUUCCAGCCAGCUUAAAUACAGCCAUUUAAAAAGACUGCAUAGGCCUGUUUCAUGUUACCUCAUCGGGUUUACUUGCAUGGCCUUUUGCUUUUUAAUUCAAGGCCAGAUUUGUUCAGAAAUCCAGAGCACAAUAUUUUUCGCACAUGCUCACAACACGUCACAGACUAUGAUGACAGUUUAGAUUGAGUGAAGUUUUCGACUGUGGUAGAACCGCAAGAACCAGCCUUUGUAUAAAUACCAUUGCAGGGAGUUUGUGGUCACUGUGCAGAUCUCAUCCAGCAAUCAUCAAAGUAUUAAAAUGUAAUUCAUUACAAUGAUGGAUUCUGUGUACCUGCAAUCUGAAUUGUUUUACACAUGCGCAAAGCUUUUAACAUUUGAUUUUGAGCUGUCAACUGUGCAAUAACGUCGUAUGAGAAUUACUGCUUGCCAAAUAGGGUUAUUUUACUGAACACUGGCCCUAUUGCUACAGUGCAUAUAAUUUUGAAACUGUUUGCAAUAAUGCACAUCAUGAAUAGGACAUGUACUGGAACAAACGGACAAGUCUGUUUGCAGUUAAUAUUUUUAAAUGCCUUCAGAUUUCGUUUUCACAACUUACAACGUGUUUACUGGACCUCGGCGGUGGAGUUUUCACAAGUUUGAGCCUGAGGAUGAUGUAAUGUUCUGUUUGCAUCAAAACUGUGGCUGAACGACGCUAUGCAGUAUGGUCAAGAACAGCACAACUACCCCAGACACAGCCUAAGCAGAGCUAAACGGAGAAUGAGUUACGUUUCUUUUUCUUGUGCACUGCAGAAUUGGGAGGCUACGGGUUUGAUUUAAACGAAUCAAGGCAAGUGGACCAAAACCAUAACCGUGAAGACUGACUUCCUGACACAGCCUUUUCUCAUUUUCUCAGAAACGGCUGUUAUGAGUUCUGCGAGCCACUAGAGCGAAAUUCAUCUGGCUGCACUAAUCAGCUGUUUUAUUAACGUUUGUUAUGAAAGCAAAUCCUGAUGUGGGACAGGAAUAACUUAAAAGGGUUAGUUCACCCAAAAAUGAAAAUUAGGCUGUGUUUUACUCAC